AUGUUUACCGGUCUAGUAGAGAAGGUUGGCACCGUCACGGCCCUUGAUCCCCAAGAUGACUCUUCCACGGGCGGGGGCGGGACAUCCUUGACAAUUUCGGAUUGUGAAGAAAUACUUACGGACACAAAGCUAGGGGAUAGCAUAUGUGUCAAUGGGACUUGCCUAACUGUGACAGCUUUUGAUAAGUCUUCAUUCAAAGUCGGGGUUGCUCCCGAGACACUACGACGAACAAACCUUGGUUCUCUCAAGGCCGGAUCACCCGUCAACCUUGAAAGAUCUGUGCUAGCCACGACACGGAUGGGCGGUCACUUUGUCCAAGGCCAUGUAGAUACCACCGCGGAACUCCUCUCCGUCACACCAGAUGGCAAUUCUCUUGUGCUGAGAAUGCAACCCAGAGACAGGAGUUUAUUAAGAUACGUUGUGGAGAAGGGAUUCAUUGCUCUUGAUGGUGCGAGCUUGACGAUCACUAAGGUCAAAGAUGGUGAGGAUGGCUGGUGGGAAGUCAUGUUAAUUGCUUAUACACAAGAAAAGGUUGUCACCUCAAAGAAGAAGCCGGGUGACAGCAUUAAUGUCGAAAUUGAUCUGGUUGGCAAGUACGUCGAGAAGACCGUACAAGGCUACUUUGAGGGCCAGACUAGCGGGGAUUCAGCCGCUCUAGAAAAGAUGGUGGACCGACUUGUGGAAAAGAAGCUUCAGAGCAUGGGGAAGAUUUGA